GGUUUGGGAACGAGCGCGUGGGAUACGGUGUACUCGCAGGGGCGACCGCUGCACUUGCACAGCUAUAGGCAAGCAGUCAAACAAAGACGUCUUUUUUUUAAGGGUCAAGCCAUAGCUACAAAAGAAGAACUGUUCUUGUCGCCACAGGGAUAAAAAUGGUUAAAGUGCUGGAGGACGCAAACAACCAGUAUGACUCCUUCCUGUUCUGGAGGCAGCCAAUCCCAGAACUGGAUCUGUCAGAGCUAGAGGGCCUUGGCUUGAUUGACAGCUCAUCAAUGAAGGAUAGCAAGCAUGGCAAAAAGAGCUCUCAGAAGAAGGUCCAGGAGUGGGAGGAGGACGAGGAGGCGGAGCUUUCCGAGUACAACAGCUUCAACUACUGGCGGGAGCCAAUAGCCAGCAUCGAUUUGCUGGACUUCAACCUGCUGCUGUGAGGCUGCCCCCACCCCCCUAAUCACAGUUCUGCCAUGUGCACACACCAGGUUUUAAAACCGCUGUGAGGCUUCUAGCCCACCCAUCAAAACUAUCAGUAUUAUUUGAAAUAUGUGUUUGUAUCAGCACGUGAUUAUAUGUACCAGUUUCUGUAAUGUGUAGAUAUGGCUUAUGGAUUGUACAGAACACUGAUUAUGCCAGUUAUUGUGCUAUAAUGCUAUACUAAAAAGGCAUAAGUAAUGCCAUAACAAGCCACUGAUACAUCCUCAUUGAGCAUUAAGCAACGGGACAGCUCGGUAGAUCAUUAUUGGUAAAUAUGAAUUGUGAGUCGGACAGAUGGAGCCAUUUUGCUUAUUUAAUCAUGAUGUGUAUAUAAAGGUUGGUCCAGCCAAAUUGUGAGUCCAACCUAAGCCUUAUGGAGAGGCCUUCAAAUGGAAGAGAGGGGGCCAGAUCUAUUUCUGUUAAACCAGGAUAACUUAGAUAGUUACACUACAGAAAAUUUCUUAACAUGACCCAUCAGAUUGGGUUUUUUUUUUUUAUUAGAAGCCAAAAAUGUGACAGCCCAGAAUGUGCUUUAUGUAAACUGCAUUUUGCUGCAAGACAUUGAUAACUUAAAUGUAGUAUUAGCAUUUGAUGCAUAGCAAGGCUUCAUGUCUUGCAUACCAUAUGAAUGACUGCCCCAUUACUUCUCUGGUUGCUUACGAUACAGAAAAAUAAAGUGAGAAAAUUACCUAGAUGUAAAGUCGCAUCACUUUUUCGGGUUGAACGUCCAUUAAAUAAAAAAUGAACAAACACA